UCGAGUGGAGGUUGCCUGUGCGCCGGUCUCGCACACGCGACUCGCCCCACGCCGGUGACACACGAUUCGAAACAAGUGCGAAUUCAAAUAGUGCCUUCCAAUUUUGAAUUUUGUGGUUUUUUUUUUAUUUUGAAGUGCUCGUGAUUUUCGGCCAGUGAUGAGUUUGAACUGUCAUUUGUUUCCUGAUAAAUAGAACCGUGUAUUUUGACGCGUGAAUAUGGACUUGCCUGAAGGAGCUACAUCAAUGCAUUGUUCAUGGAUGUCUUUUUAACUGGUUUUCCCAAAAAGCUUUUGGUAGCUGUAUGCGUAGUACUAGUAGUCACUAUGUGCCUCACGCCCGCCGAAGCCCGUCCGCACAAAACAAGACACAACAAAGAGGAAAGAUCAAAAAAUAAGCUAAUACCAAAAGAAGAAAGAAUAAAGUCAAAGAACGUACCCCUCCACACGAUGUUAGCGAGGAAAAUAAUAAAAAAACUUAAGAACACGAGAAGGUUCUUCGAAGACUCGCGACAAGAAGUCAGGGACUCAAUGGAGCACAGAUAUGGGAACCCGAAAUGGUUGCCGAAAGUCAAGUUCACCGAAAUACAUAAUCAUACUUACGAAGACUUGAAUAAUGGGAUGUCAAAGAAAAAAUUUGAAUACGUCAUCCCGAAGCUGUACAGAAGCUUAGUACAAUUCAAGUUGGUCUGGGAGCGCCUCGGCAACGUCACCAUCACUCAACUCGACAUCCAUUUCCAGCAGAACUACGCGAAAAAACGCGAAUCUGUCAUUCGUUCGACGCUCGACGAACUCAUCAAGCUCCUUACUGAAAUCGAAGAUGAUAUGGAUAAAGCAAAUAUCCCUAAACCACCCAUUAACGUUAAGAAAUUAAAUCUAGAAGAUUUACAAAAAAACAAUGUGGAAACCAGUCUCUGUCUUCGACAAGACAUGAUUGCUAUUAGAGCGUACGCCAAUACACUGAAGAAGUGGUAUUGGGAAUUGCGGUGUCCAGACGACUCUAAUCCAAAAUUGUCUGAACAAUGCAAAAAAGUUGAACAGGCACUGUUCAUGAAAAGAACUCCGCAGCGAAACGGCAAUUCUAGACGGCACAGGAGACAAAGAAGGCACAGGCAUUUUAGAUCAAUUCUGUAGUUGAAAUUAGAUACCUACUCUAUGUAGUUUUUAACCAAUUUAUUGCAUUUCAAUGAUUUGAAUUCAUCUAAAACUAGACAAACAUGUAUGUUACCUGCGAGUCGUGCCUCGCGACUUGUCCUUGUAAUUGAUUCAUGGAAAUCAUUGAGCAGGUUGAUUUUUCUAUUUAUCGGUUGAUAUUACAGAUUGUUAACCAAUGAUAAUUAAGUCACAGGACUUUUUUUUGUAAGUCAGACUUUAAGUAUUAUAGUUACGUAAUUUGAACUCUUAGCUAUUUAUUCCAUAACUUAAUGUAUAUAUUAUUUAUUAUUAGUUUAUAAUUUUAUGCUCUCUGUAACACCUUAAGCUUGUGUAAAAUUGUUGCCACAAAAUGUUUGACUGCCCAGUCGAGUUAUGGAAUACCUACUGAUAUAACUUCUUAAUGGUUUGAUAAAAUUUUAAGUAAGUAACAUUAUAAUCAGUAUUGUUCGCCAAUAUUUCGAAACAUGCAGCAACUAAUAAAUACAUUAUAAUGGUGAAAUGUAAGAAGUAACGGUUUUGUAAGUAUUGGGUACUUUCUCUGUGAUAUUUAGUAAUCCGAUGUAAGUAAUCUUAAUUUAUUUUAGGUUAAGCACUUUUAAUAAGUUCCUUUUCACCGACACUUUAAAUUUUUUAUCAUUAUUUCAAAUUCACUUCAAUAUUAACAUUUAAUUAUUUAUUAUCGUCCUAUUGUUUCAUAUUUUAAAAUGCCAUUGCCCUUGUUUUCUUUUUCUCGAUCAUUCAAUUUUUUUUAUGAAUCUUAUAUUUAUUUUUAUCGAUCCAAAAUCGAUAAUAGUAAAUUUGGUAAUCUUUAUAAGAACAAUAUACUUUUCUUGGUAAUAACAUCAUUUGUCAAAGAGUCACAAGAGACGGUUGAAAAAAGAAGCCAGUUAUUUCUUUGGUAAAUAAUAGUUCAAUAGUACCCACAGUAUUAAAUUAAUAUAUUUAUAUAUAUUUUGUAUAUGUUUCAUUGGUGAUAAGAUACCUACACAUUCCAAUUUUUUAAACAGAAUUUCAACAUAGUUGACAAAAUAUUAUGUAUAAUUUUUGUAUUGAUAAGACCGGUCAGUAUUAUUAUGGUCGCAACCAUUCUUAAUUCUCUCUCACUUAAUUACUAUUCUAAGAUUAUUUGCCUUUUCAUCCAAGAAAGACUUUUAAGUAAGUGAUUCUGCCUAUUUAUUGAUUUGCUGGAGUGAAUAAAGUACAAUUACUUUUGCUUAAAUUACAACUUUAUGCUAGAGUAGGUAUAUGAACGUUCCUGAAAACUUACUUAACUUAAAUAGGCUUGUUUGUUCGAUUUUCUAAGAUCAAGUAGUACACCAUAACAAACGUAUUGUGAACUUAAUCUUAGAAAACCGUUGCGAGUGUUAGCAAAAUAAUAGUUUUUAAUCACUUCAAAAACACAAAUAAUACCUAGUUAAUUAUAAACUCUAAUACUAUAGGUAUGUCCAUGUAAAUGUGCCGUUAGUUACGUAGUAAAUAGGUAAAUGAACUGACUAUUACGAAUAUUAUGUAAAUAAUAUUUUAUACGUUUCAUGCGAAAAUUGUUACCGCAUAUAAAAUGAAAGACGAAAAUAAAUUUAUUCUGAGGAUA